AUGGUGCCCAAGGUGGGAAAUGCAUCAAAAGUGAGUCAAUUUCGUCCAAUUGCCUGCUGUAAUGUAUUAUACAAGGUUAUAGCUAGGAUGAUCUGCUCUAGGUUGAAAGAGAUUUUGCCUGGUCUGAUAAGUGAAGUUCAAAGUGCCUUUGUGGCAGGAAGGUCCAUUCUGGACAAUAUACUUAUUUGUCAGGAUGUACUAAAGGGUUACAAAGACAAGCAAAAGGCUCCUAGAUGCACUAUCAAGGUAGAUCUUAGGAAGGCUUAUGAUUCCAUUAACUGGGAUUUCAUUAGAGAUAUGUUGACUGCUCUGAAAUUCCCUGCUGAGCUCUUAAGGAAAGUGGGUAGCAUGAGAAGCUUCAAGUUUCAUUCUAGGUGCAAGAUGCUAAACCUGAAUCAUCUAGCCUUUACUGAUGAUUUGAUACUGUUCUGUUAUGGUGAUAAGAAGUAUGUGUCCCUCCUGGUUAAAGCUUUGAGUACUUUUGAGAAGUGCUCUGGAUUACAGGCCAGUGCUGAGAAGACUGCCAUAUACUUUGGGAAUGUUGCAAGAGUUGUGAAGCAAGAAAUCUUGAGGGUUUCAGGGUUUGUUGAAGGUUGCACACCUUUCAAAUAUCUUGGUAUCCCUCUAAAUGUAAGAAGUCUAUCUAAUAGUGAUUAUGACAGCUUGAUUGAUAAAAUGUUGGCUAGGAUUACCUGUUGGUCCAGCAGGAACCUUUCUUAUGCAGCCAGAUGUUUGCUAGUCAAUACUGUUCUCCUUAGCCUCCAUACUUACUAG